CGAUGACCUUCGGACGCUUUGGAUCCCUUGGCAACCACCGCUAACCACCGCUACCACCACUGCUGGUUGCUGCUUGCCGCUUUCUGCGCCCACCACCACCACAACCACCAAGAAACAUCCCCAUAACCUCCUACCUCUGCCCACCCUGCACCUUCCUCCCCUCCCUGUAUUCAAGAUUCCACUCUUUCUCCACGUCACCGUCACCGACCUCUCUACCUCUCUCCCUCUCUCUUCCGAUCCUUCGCUCUAGAGUAGUCGGCUUUCUUGUUCUUCUCUCGACCUGUUCCCUUUCGAAUCCGAUUUCUAGAUCUUGAACAACUUGUCUUAGCCUGCAUCUUUCGUUUUCUGUGCUUGCCCAUUUCCGUCGUUGAUUCAUAUAUACCAGUGCCAUUUUCACUCCAGGAUAUUCUCCAACUCGCCCAUACCGAUACCACUGCCAGAAAGAAAGAGAUCUUGUCGACGACAGCACUGUCAUCGACGCGUCUGUCCGGAUCACAUGGGUCCCAGGUAAUCGUCCAAUUGCUGUUUCCCAGAGGGAAGGGGAGGGAUACCAUUCACCUGGCUUGACCGGUGAUACUUGGGAAGGAAAGAACGACUCAGACCUCAUACUUUAUACCGAUAUACCCUGAAUCUACGCCUUCUAUUUCGACUACACAACGGCUUCACAUAUUACUGUCUUCCUUGACAUAUCGCAGCUUCAUUAUUCCAAUUAUUUCUACGAAUAUUGGUACAAUCACAGCUACCAACCUCGAGGUUUUUUAGAACCCAAUCGACACCGAAGACAUCCGAUGAUAGCGACUUGAAGGUUGCAUUCCUCACAAGUUAUCCAAGGAUGGUGGUUCUCAACCUCCUUCUACUAUGCUUCUUUUCGACUUUGGUGACCGCUUUCUAUCCGUUUGUGCCGAAAUACAGAUGUGUUGAAGAUGGAACCUGCUUGGAUCUUGCGGGGCGUGAAACCCCCGCCGGUACCCUUGACGGGGCACCGCAGAGGCCAGGAAUCUUCAAAAUCAAGAUCGAGCAAACACCUCCAACAGAUGAUAUUCCUCACGACGUGAGGGUAGCCCGCUACGCGGAUCAGCUGGCCCGCAAAAAUGCUAUGAAAAGAGAUAACAUCUUCCUGACCAGCAAGUCAGAUAAACCGACGACGCCGAAGAGUAACGCGAUCGACCAGGAUGGGACAGACUUCUGCUACACGACAUCGAUGUUUGUUGGAUCGAAGAACAAGCGUCUCCGCAUGCUCGUGGACACCGGCGCUGCAAACACAUGGGUGAUGGGGUCUACCUGCACUAACUCAUCCUGCGGAAUCCACGACCUCUAUGGCCCAGCCGACUCGGAUACAUACAAGGCGAGUACGUCGACUUUCAGCUUGAAUUAUGGCACUGGAAUGGUCUCGGGGCAGUAUAUCGAGGACACUAUGGGACUUGCUGGAUUCAGCUUGCCCGUCCAGUUCGGUGUGGCAAAUAAUGUCUCGGACGAUUUCAACAACUACCCGAUGGAUGGCAUCCUUGGCCUUUCCCGUGUUCCAAAUCCAGUGAUCCCGGGCUUUGUAGAUACUCUGAUGGAGAAGAAUCUGUUGGAGAAGAAUAUCUUCAGCGUCAACAUAUACCGAGCCUCUGACCUGGCCAACAACGGAGAGAUUACAUUUGGCGGCGUGGAUGCCUCCAAAUACACCGGAGAGAUCACGUACACUGAUAUUACCGCACCUGGGGCCUCAUGGGUCAUUCCUGUCGGCGAAGCUGGCUUCAAUGGGAAGGAUUCAGGACUCAAAGGCAGGAAUGCUAUUAUCGACACGGGAACGACCUAUUGCUUCAUCCCCCCAUCGGAUGCGGCGCUAUUUUACGCCAACGUAGCUGGUGCUAAUGUUAGCGAGGACGGGACCUCUUACGGCGUGCCUUGCACAACCACGAUACCAGCCGAGUUUACGUUCUCGGGCGUCACGUAUUCUAUUCCCUCGAAGGACUGGAUUGGUGGCAAGGUGGGCGGUGUGGAGACACAGACCAUGUGUACGAGUAAUAUCUACUCUCGCAACACUACCGAGGACGGGAGUUGGGUGCUGGGUGAUACUUUCUUGAAGAGUGUCUACGCGGUGUUUGACCUGGACCAGAACCGCAUUGGGCUUGCUUCCAAACCCGUUGUAGUUACGCCGCCAACACCAGUGUCGUCACUAGCAUCAGGCUCUGCCGCUCAAAGCCCAACCGGUGGCCCUGUCGCCACAAUGACCACCGGUUCUCAGGGAUUCAAUGCCAUCGCUGGCUCUUCCAGCGCUCCCACGGGAUCAGCUGCGAACCCCACCUCCCCGGACGCUGAGGCACAGUCACAGACGAAAGACUCGUCGGCUUCUUCCUUACUCGGCACACACUUCACCCUCUAUAUUGCCGCACUCAUCGCCACCACCGCUGCUGCCGUCACGGUCUUCUAGAUGGCCCCGCGACAUCAUAUUUCUAGCCGCUCAACUCUCUUUCCGAGCUGGCAUCACUCAUUUUGUACUUAGCGUGUUCUGUUGUUCUUUUUUUCUUCUGCAUUUUUGCAUCAUUCAUCACACUACGACGAGAUAGCUGGGACUCUCUUGGGGAUCGUGCAACGUACACAGGCCGCGGUGGAUGGAGGCGGGGCUGUGUGGGAGGCGGGGGGUUACU